AUGAGAAAAAAUAUUUUGAAAAGUGCUUAUGAUCAAAAUCCACCAAUAAUUAAAGCAGCGCCAGUGUCUUUCUUAGUAACUGACUCAUUCGUUCUCCUAGGUCGUGAUUUUGAAUUUCAUAUUAAUAAACAAAAUAUUAAAACGAUGAAAAAUAUCGAAAAAUUUCGAUAUUCACUUAGUGAGAACUUAAGUCAACUUAAUAAAUCAACAGGCGACAAAAGCAUUAAAACAUUUUCAGUACACAUCAAGGUGCCUGCUACAGAUUUUGCCAAAAUCUUAGUAAUAAAUGAAGAAAAUUUAAAUAAAUUUAAAAGAAUUGCAAGAGUUCUUGAUCUAUACAAGGAUGUCAAUGAACAAAGGAAACAAGUUUUCAUCAUAGCUGAACACUUUUUUUCCUGUAAUAAAGAAAAGAAUUUAAAUGAAAAAUCUCAUAAAGUUCAUGCUGAAAACAUCGAUGUUUUUCUAGACAUUGUUACUUUAGCCAACAGAAAUUGCAAUUGA